CCAUUUGCUCUCCGGGCCUGGCCCGGCCCAGCUCGAAAAACUCGGGAUGUCUGCUCAUGUUCCUGAUCCUCUGGCAUCCCGGCUCCGGUUCUGGCUCUGAGUGGUGAAGGAAGAGAGGACCUGGGAGGACUGGGGCUAGGGGCCCAGCUGCGCUUUCGGAGCUUCGGAAUUUCCCUCCCUUCCCAGCUUGGGAGUAUGAUGUCAGCCCCAGAGGGAAUGUUCCCUGGAGAUGGUGGCCUUGACUCCAGCCAGCUCCAGAUGGAACCAGAUGAGUUGGACACCUUGAAAGAAGGGGAAGACCCAGCUGACCGGAUGCAUCACUUCUUGACCAUCUAUAAUCUUCAGCCCCUGAGGAAUCAUCCCAGGAUUUUCGCCCCUGGGGUCCCUGUUAUUGCACAAGUCAUAGGCACUGAGAGAUACACCAGUGGAUCCAAGGUGGGCACCAGCACACUUUACUCUGUCCGACUAUCUCAUGGUGAUUUCACAUGGACAACCAAGAAGAAAUUCCGAAAUUUCCAGGAGCUUCAUCGAGACCUGCUGAGACACAAAGUUUUGAUGAGCCUCCUCCCUCUGGCCCGGUUUGCUGUUGCCUAUUCCCCUUCCCAAGAAGCUGCUCCUAUAGCUGAAAUCCCUUCUUUGCCCAGAGUAGGUUCUGAAGGCUCCUCCAGACACAGGGCCAGCAAACAGAAAUACCUAGAGAAUUAUCUCAAUCACCUCCUGGCCAUUUCAUUCUACCGAAACUACCAUGCCAUGACAGAAUUUCUAGAGGUCAGUCCGUUCUCCUUCAUACCUGACCUUGGCCCCAAAGGAUUGGAAGGUUUGAUCCGCAAACGCUCAGGGGGUCACCGAGUUCCUGGCUUUACCUGCUGUGGCCGAGACCAAGUCUGUUACCGGUGGUCAAAGAGAUGGCUGGUGGUGAAAGACUCCUUCCUGCUGUACCUGCGCCCAGAGACAGGCUCUAUCUCCUUUGUCCAGCUUUUUGAUCCUGGAUUUGAGGUCCAGGUUGGGAAACAGAACACAGAAACUCGUUAUGGGGUCCGAAUUGACACUUCUCACAGGUCCCUAAUCCUCAAGUGCAACAGUUACCGGCAGGCUCGAUGGUGGGGUCAGGAAAUCACAGAACUAGCUCGGAGUCAGGGGUGUGACUUCUUACAGCUACACAGACACCAGAGCUAUGCCCCACUCAGGCCAAGGACCCUGGCCAGAUGGUUUGUAAACGGGGCAGGUUACUUUGCAGCUGUGGCUGACGCCAUCCUUCAGGCCCGGGAGGAGAUUUUCAUUGCAGAUUGGUGGUUGAGUCCUGAAAUUUAUCUGAAGCGUCCAGCCCAUUCUGAGGACUGGAGAUUAGACAUCAUGCUCAAGAAGAAGGCAGAGGAGGGUGUCCGGGUUUCGGUGCUGCUGUUCAAGGAAGUGGAAUUGGCCCUGGGCAUCAACAGUGGCUACAGCAAGAAGGCUCUGAUGCAACUGCACCCCAAUAUCAAGGUGAUGCGUCACCCAGACAAUGUGACACUGUGGGCCCACCAUGAAAAGCUGCUAGUGGUGGACCAAGCUGUGGCCUUCAUGGGAGGGCUUGACCUUGCCUUUGGCCGAUGGGAUGAUCUGCAUUACCGGAUCACUGACCUGGAGGGCUAUACUGGGACAACCACCCCACAGCUGCCCACCCCAUGCUCAAGCCUUCCCGUUGUCCCUGACCUCUCCCACAACCAACUGUUCUGGCUGGGCAAGGAUUACAGCAAUUUGAUCACCAAGGAUUGGGUACAACUGGACCGGCCCUUCGAGGAUUUUAUUAACAGGGAGAUGAUGCCCCGGAUGCCAUGGAGGGAUGUGGGAGUCGUUGUCCACGGUUCAGCAGCACGAGAUCUUGCCCGACAUUUCAUCCAGCGUUGGAAUUUUACCAAGACCACCAAGGCCAAGUACAAGAUCCCUCUAUUCCCAUAUCUGCUGCCCAAGUCACCCAGCACAGCCAACCAGUUACCAUUCACCCUUCCUGGAGGGCAGUGUGUCACUGUACAGGUCCUUCGAUCUGUGGACCGUUGGUCAGCUGGGACCUCUGAGAGCUCCAUCCUCAAUGCAUACCUACAUACUAUUCGGGAGAGCUGCCACUUCCUCUACAUUGAGAAUCAGUUCUUCAUCAGCUGCUCAGAUGGACGGACAGUUCUGAACACAGUGGGAGAUGCUAUUGUGGAAAGGAUUCUGAGAGCCCACAAGCAACAGCAGCGGUUUCGGGUAUAUGUGCUGCUCCCCUUGCUUCCUGGGUUUGAAGGUGAUAUCUCUACAGGCGGUGGAAACGCUAUCCAGGCAAUUCUGCACUUUACCUACAGGACCCUGUGUCGUGGUGAAUAUUCAAUCCUGCAUCGGCUCAAAGCUGCCAUGGGUACAUUGUGGCGAGACUAUGUGUCAGUGUGUGGGCUCCGAACCCAUGGAGAGCUGAGUGGAAAGCUGAUAUCUGAGCUCAUCUACAUCCACAGCAAGUUGCUCAUCGCUGAUGACAGGACAGUCAUCAUAGGUUCAGCAAACAUCAAUGACCGGAGCCUCCUGGGGAAGCGAGACAGUGAGCUAGCAAUGCUAAUUGAAGACACUGAGAUGGAACCAUCACUUAUGGAUGGAGAAGAGUACCAGGCUGGGAGGUUUGCCCUCAGUCUCCGGAAACACUGCUUCAGCAUCAUUCUGGGGGCAGAGUCUCAGCCUGGACUAGAUCUCCAGGAUCCUGUCUGUGACACCUUCUUCCAGCUGUGGCAGAAGACAGCUGAGAGAAAUGCCAGCAUCUAUGAGCAGAUCUUUCGUUGCCUGCCAUCUAAUGCAACUCGAUCACUUCGGGUGCUUCGGGAGUAUGGCAGUGUGGAACCUCUGGCCACUGUUAGCCCUGAGAUAGCCUGCUCCGAACUCACUCAGAUCCAAGGCUACCUUGUCCACUUUCCCUUCAAAUUCCUAGAGGAAGAGUCACUGUUGCCUCCACUGGGUAGCAAGGAGGGUGUCAUACCCCUUGAAGUAUGGACAUAGCCUAGAACCCCAUUUUUUGAGCGUGGGGUCCAGUGAGAGGAGAGCUAUGGGAAGCCAAAUUCUGUACCUGGCACCUUUUCUUUUUCUCUCUUCAUGCUCAAAUUAAGGACAAAUCACUCACAAAUGAGGGGAUGCACAAACGGGAUUCACUUCCCAGAAGGAGAGAGGGGAAGGCAUGUCUAAGGGAGAAACAAUAUGAAGGCAGGAGACCUGGGUUCUGGUCUAGCUCUGAAACUGACUUAGCCAUGGGACCUUGGACAAGUAAGUCACUUGCCCUUUCUAGGCCUUAAGUUACUUCCGUCAUUUCUCAAUGAAAUCUUCAUUCCAUUGGGUUCAGUCAGAUGAUUCAACCCUGACAUUCUGGGAAUCUCCACUCACCCCAGGAGCAACAGAGGAGAGGGUUGUGGGGUGGAGUGGAAAUGAUGCAGAGAGAUGCCUCUCUCGGAUCCCAUCUCCUACUUCUCUCAAUCUCCUGAAUCAAGUUCAAAUCCGUGCUGCUGAGGAAAAAGCUACAGUAUUCCAGUCGUCUUUUUUCCCCUAGCUCUGAUCAUCUGCUGCCAGGGUUUCAGAUUUCUGACCCUCAUCAGUCCCCUAGCUCAUCCUACAUCUAGGGCUGAACAAACUCACUUACUUACUAUAGACUGCUUACAGACACUAAUUGAGCACAUAGAUACUUUAUGUCAAACACAUAUUCAUUUUUAUAAAUAAAGGUGUUUUUUAAAGUAA